GAUUUAUUGACGCCAGCGAAGACCGGCAACAUAUUCCAACAGCAGCUCUCCGUGCCAAGUUAGAAACUGGGAAAUCGUCACUCGGAGCUCUCGGCAGAUUGUCCCUUCCCUCCCUGUGUUGUGGCAGUCCCUUGCGGGGAGCCUGGAGGACCUUCAGUAGAGCUGCUAACACUGAUGAGAGAUCUUUUAUGCCAAGAUUGUUGCUGUCUGAACAGGCCACACCAUGCGUGAGUACAAGCUGGUGGUCCUUGGUUCAGGAGGUGUGGGCAAGUCCGCUUUGACUGUACAGUUUGUUCAGGGAAUUUUUGUUGAAAAGUAUGACCCAACAAUAGAAGAUUCAUACAGAAAGCAAGUGGAAGUAGACUGUCAACAGUGUAUGCUUGAGAUCCUCGACACAGCAGGGACAGAGCAAUUUACAGCCAUGAGGGAUCUCUACAUGAAGAAUGGGCAAGGGUUUGCACUAGUAUAUUCUAUAACAGCACAGUCCACGUUUAACGACCUACAGGACCUGCGGGAACAGAUUUUACGGGUUAAGGACACUGAAGAUGUUCCCAUGAUUCUGGUUGGCAAUAAAUGUGACCUGGAGGAAGAGCGAGUCGUUGGCAAAGAGCAGGGCCAGAACUUAGCAAGACAGUGGUGUAACUGUGCCUUUCUAGAAUCAUCUGCAAAGUCUAAAAUCAACGUAAAUGAGAUCUUUUAUGACCUGGUCAGACAAAUAAAUAGAAAAACACCAGUGGAAAAGAAGAAGCCUAAAAAGAAAUCAUGUCUGCUGCUUUAGACUCCCAUCAUGCAGCAGCUCUGAGCCAGAUUGCAGGAAUGAAGAACUGUUGCCUAAAAAUGGAAAGUGCCAGCAUUCCCGACUUCAAAAACCUUAUGGAAAUUAAUGACAUAUCGGAAGAAGCUUCUCCUGUUGUUUUUUUUUUUUUUUUUAUAUAUACUACGAGAAGAAUUUAGAUCUUAAAAAAAUGGUUUGCACACACAGUCCCUGGAAAAAAAGAAAAAACAACAACAAAAAAAAAAAAAGGCAAUUGCUCUGUGUAUAUCUCUUGGAAAUUUAAGCCAAUAUUCCUCCUCCUUUGCAAUAGCAAUUAACAGAUGUGAAAAUAAAUAUAAUUGACUCUAGUGUAUGAUUAUCCCAAGGAGCAUGGAUGCAUUUCAAAUGUUAGAGAUUGCUACUAUAAUUAAAAUUUCAUAUUGACCAUUUUAUCAUCAUUUCUCCCCAUCAAGCACUAAAAAUGUUCCACUGUUAUAUUUUAUAUCUAUAACCAUAGAUAUAUAUUAUGUGAAAUCUCCCUUUGAACUCACCACAGCAAAUAACUUUUUGAGUCAUUGACUUCAUUUUAUAUUUAAAAGUUACGGAAUAUCAUUAUUUUCAUUCUGCCAUUAUAUUCUAAUUAAAAAUGUUUGUGCAUAAUGCUUUGGAAAAAAUGGGUCUUUUAUAGGAAAAAAAAAACAAACCUGGGAUAACUGAUUUCUAUGGCUUUAAAAGCGAAAAUAUAUAAUAUACUAAACCAACUCUAAUAUUGCUUCUUGUGUUUUCCUGUCACAGAUUAAAUUACAGCUUUUAUGAAUGAUUAAAUUUUAGUACAUUUUCA